AGACUUGAUCCUUUCUUUUCAUAACAAUGAAGUCACUCAUUGAUUCUGCUUCUGCUGCAGCAGUUGUAUUAACAUGGGUGACUGCUACUAUUACUCUCUUAAUGGCCACUUCUACUGCAUCAUCAUCCUCGUCAAAAACAGAGGGAAAGGCUCUGCUCAACAGUGGUUGGUGGUGGAACAAUCUUGAAACCAAUCACUGCAACUGGGAAGGUAUCGUUUGCAAUAAGGAAGGAUUUGUCAUUGUGAUAAACGUCACAAAUAGUUACUCCAUCACAAGAGAAGGUAUGCUUGGGGAAUUGAACUUGGCUUCCUUUCCACAUCUUGAGCAUCUUGAGGUCAACAACUGGGAUCUCCACGGUGAGCUACCUCAGUCCUUGGCUAGCCUCACCCAACUGGUCUGGUUUGACGUGUCGGGUAAUCACAUUAGUGGCCCAAUACCUCAUGAGAUCGGGAAUCUAAAAAAUCUGGUUUCUCUGGAUUUGACGAACAAUCAAAUUACAGGUUCAAUCCCCUCAUCCAUUGGUCUCUUGACUCAGUUGACCCAUUCUCACUUUGGUAACAAUUAUCUUACUGGUGAGCUACCCCUAUCCUUGCCUAAACUCACCCAACUGGUCCAGCUUGACGCGUCAAACAAUUACAUUAGUGGCCCAAUACCUCAUGAGAUCGGGAAUCUAAAAAAUUUGGUUUCUCUGGACCUGAGUAACAAUCAGAUUACAGGUUCAAUCCCCUCAUCUGUUGGUCUAUUGACUCAUUUGAACCAUUUUCACCUUGGUGCCAAUUUACUUUCUGGAUUCAUUCCUCCAGAAAUAGGGAGCUUGAGUAAUUUGGCUAGUCUACAACUUAGUAAUAACAAUAUCAAUGGUCCAAUCCCAUCAUCUAUAGGUCAUUUGACCAACCUGACUUACCUUUAUCUUCAUUCAAACCAAAUCAGUGGCUUCAUCCCUCCCGAACUAGGGAGCUUGAGUAAUUUGGUUAAACUAGAUAUUAGUAGUAACAGUCUCAAUGGUCCAAUCCCAUCAUCUAUAGGUCAUUUGACCAACCUUCUCUACCUUGAUCUUCAUUCAAACCAAAUCAGUGGCUUUAUCCCUCGAGAGAUAUGGAGCUUGAGUAAUUUGGUUAAGUUAGACCUUAGUAAUAACAGUAUCCAUGGUCCAAUCCCAUCUUUUAUAAGUCAUAAUUUGACCAACCUGAUCUACCUUGACCUUCGUUCAAACCAACUCAGUGGUUUCAUCCAUCCAGAAAUAGGGACACUAAGGAAUUUAAUUGUGAUGAAUCUGGGUGAUAACAACCUGGUCGGUCCAGUGCCUUCUUCUUUGGGUAAUUUAACCAAGUUGGUACAUUUGCACCUAGGUUCAAAUCAAAUCAACGGUUUCAUCCCCCCAGAAAUAGGUAAUUUGAUCCAGCUCAUUGAUUUGGACCUUAGUUUAAAUUUAAUAGCUGGAUUCAUCCCCAUAGAAUUAGGAAGCCUAAGUAAUUUGAUUCGCCUAGAUCUCCGUAAUAACAAGCUCACUGGUCCAAUCCUGUCAUCCAUAGGUCAUUUGACCAAUCUGAAUAAUCUUUUCCUUUCUUCAAAUCAGAUCAAUGGCUUCAUCCCUACAGACAUAGGAAACCUGAAGCAGUUGGUUCAUUUGGAGCUAAGUUGUAACAAUCUCAUUGGCCCUAUUCCUUCAACUAUAGGCAAUUUACUGGAGCUCAAAGAUUUAUACCUUGAUUCAAACCAUAUCAAUGGUUCCAUACCACCCAGCAUUGGUGAAUUGAAUAAUCUUCACCAUUUGAACCUGUCCGUAAAUUUCUUCAACCAUGUGAUCCCCAAAGAAAUGUGCAAGCUCACAAAUUUGAUUAAUCUUGAUCUCCACCAUAACCAUUUCUCUGGUUCAAUUCCUUCAUCUAUUGGUCAAUUGUCAAGUCUCAAAACUCUGGACCUGUCUAAAAAUCAAAUCAAUGGCUCAAUACUUCUAGAACUUGGCUAUCUAUACUACCUUGAACAUUUAGACCUCUCUCAGAAUUUGUUGAGCGGACCUAUCCCAACAGAAUUACAAAGCUGCAGCCACAAAGGAUACUUCUUAAACCUAGUCUACUUGAAUGUAUCCCACAACAAUCUUUAUGGCACAUUUAAUUUUCAAUGCUCCUCCUGCUUGUUAGAUUUGUCAAACACUGGACUGGAGUAUAACUCGAUUUGUGCACCAAAUGACAAGACGAAAAGAAUCUCAUACUUUCUUGUCAUUUUCCUUCCCAUCGCCAUUUCCCUUGUCUUGUUAGUACUCGGAUUUAUUUGCCUUUCUCGAAGUAAGGCUAAAAACAACCCAAGUGAUGCAACGACGAUGAAGAAUGGUGAUAUGUUCUCGAUAUGGAAUUACGAUGGAAGCAUUGCAUAUGCAGACAUAAUCAAAGCAACAAAUGACUUUGACAUCAGAUAUUGCAUUGGAACUGGUGGUUAUGGCAAUGUUUACAAAGCCCAGCUACCCAACGGUCAAGUAUUUGCCUUGAAGAAACUUCACCGGCUGGAGGCCGAGGAGCCGGCUUUCGACAAGAGUUUCAAGAAUGAGGUGCAGAUGCUAACAAAUCUACGACAUAGAAACAUUGUGAAGCUUUACGGGUUUUGCUUACACAAACGUUGCAUGUUCUUGGUUUAUGAGUACAUGGAAAAGGGAAGCUUAUUCUGUGCUCUAAGGUAUGAUGACGAAGCUAUAGAAUUGAGUUGGGCUGCGAGGGUGAAUAUUGUCAAGGACACCGCACAUGCCCUAUCUUAUAUGCAUCAUGAUUGCACUAGACCGAUUGUUCAUCGAGACAUAUCGAGCAACAACAUUUUAUUGAACUCAAAAUUGGAGGCUUUUGUCUCUGACUUUGGCACAUCUAGAUUGUUGUAUCCUGACUCUUCUAAUCAAACUGUGGUUGCAGGCACUGUUGGAUAUGUCGCUCCAGAGCUUGCUUACACCAUGGUGGUGACAGAGAAAUGCGAUGUCUACAGCUUUGGGGUGGUGGCAUUGGAAACAAUUAUUGGAAGGCAUCCGGGAGAUCUCCUCACAUCGCUGUUGUGCUCUUCAGAUCAAAAUCUAAUGCUAAAUGAUGUACUAGACCCACGCCUCUCACCACCAGCUGAUCCACUGCUUGCUCAGGAUAUUCUUCUCGUUGUUACAUUGGCUUUUGCAUGUCUCCGUUCUGAACCAAAAUCCCGUCCAACAAUGAAGCAAGUAUCUCGAGAAUUUCAGGCUCGCAGGGGGACACCGACAGCGAAGCCAUUGCAUGCAGUUUCUCUAUGGCAGCUAAGGAAUAAAGAGACAAAUUUUUUGCUGAAUUGAAUUCAAGUGAAUCAGAGAUAUGUACAAGUAACUUGCCCAAAAAAAUAACAAAAAAGAUGUACUACUUAUGAAUAAUGGUUAACAUGUUUGAUUGUUGAAUAUAAGUCGGUAAUGCUCCCCAUACAUUUGACCUUCAUAAGUGCAUAUUGAUAACAUAUACACAAGGUUAUCUAAUGAUGUAAAGACUUAAGACUUGCAUUUG